AUGGAUAUUAGAAGGAGGAACACUCAAAAAUACAGCUUUAGAUGUCCCGAUCUCAUGGAAUUAAGGAAGCUAGCAUCUUUUGUGGAUGAUCCUAAGGGUUUAAGAGACCAUUUUGGAAGACUUUUAUUUGUGUUAUCUACUGAUUUUGAGGAUGGUCUUCUCUGUACUUUGGUUCAAUUUUAUGAUCAUGUCUACCGGUGUUUCACUUUCCCGGAUUAUCAGUUGUUGCCCACAGUGGAAGAGUAUGCUUACCUUUUGGGUAUACCAGUUUCUGAUAGUCUUCCUUUUAGUGGGGUGGAAGUAAUUCUUGAAUCUCGGGUUGUUGCCGAAGCCAUUCAUCUGAGGAAGUCUGACAUAGAUGCCAAUCUCAUUAUCAAAGGGGGUAUCAGAGAGUUGACUUCGAAGAAUCCGGUUCCAACUCUACUCGGCGAUGCUUAUUUCUUCAUUCAUCAUAGGACUUCUAAAGGGGGUGAAUGUAUUGUCUGUUGUGUGCCUUUACUGUAUAAGUGGUGUAUUUCACACUUGCCACAGUCUCCUACCUUCCAAGAAAAUAAGGAUUAUUUAAGGUGGUCUCAAAGACUUAUGUCUCUCACCAAUAACGAAAUUACUUGGUACUCUUCUGUUUACAAUGUCGUCGAGAUUAUUGAUAGUUAUGGGGAGUUAUCUAAUGUGCCUAUUCUUAGUACAUAA